AUGGCUCAGAACAACAACCUGCCAGCAAACUUGUCCGUGUUGCGUCAUCAAGACGAUCACAUCACCAACCAGAUUUGGCAAGGAAACGAGAGGGUCCUCCGGCCACGACGCCAUUCUAUCUGGAUACUAAAACAUAUAGAUCUUAUUGACCCUAGGGUCAGAAUGGUAAUUGAUGCUGCUGGUUUUGGUCACGUUCUAAAAGUGAGUAAUAUGGAGAUUAACCACCUAAUGGUAACAACAUUAUGUGAAAGGUGGAGGACUGAAACUCACACCUUCCACAUGCCACUCGAAGAAACAACUGUUACAUUGGAAGAUGUUUCACUGCAACUAGGGAUGCCAAUUGAUGGUGAACCCGUCACCGGUGGAAGUUCUGGAAACCUGCUACAAUUGUGUCAAGAUUUAUUGGGGGAUAUUCCUCCCGAAAAUAUGAUUAUAGGGAACCGAAUAAAGCUAUCAUGGCUAAAUAGUAGAUUCCGAGAAUUACCGGAUGAUGCAACACUAGCUACCGUUAGACAGUAUGCACGAGAACACAUCCUCAUUUUGAUUGGCAGCAUGUUGAUGCCGGAUACAUCAGCCAAUCUCGUGCAUUUUAUGUUCUUGCCAUUGUUAACAGAUUUGGAGCAUAUUUCAAAUUUUAGUUGGGGUUCCGCAGUAUUGGCAUGCCUCUAUCGUGCACUGGAUCACAACACAAAAUUCCAUCAAGACAACAUUGGUGGAUACAUGUUAUUGCUCCAGUGUUGGGCGUGGGAGAGAUUUACAUGCAUCUCUCCAGAAAUACAACCAGUCACGGAGGACGAGAUUGUGGCUGGGCUUGCGUUCCCCUUAAGUGUGAGGUGGUGUCGGCAAACACAUUCUGUGUUCCAUGACCAAACUACUGUGGUGGGCUUCCGACAAAAAUUUGAUCAAAUUCAACCAAAGCAGUUUUUGUGGACACCAUAUCGACAACCACAUGUUAGUCGCAUGAUAAUAAUAAAUGUUUCUCCAAUUAGUCGGGCAUUGGUUCCUCUUAUAUGUUUUGCGACGGUUGAAUUUCACCAAGUUGACCGGGUAGUCAGACAGUUUGGUUGGCGACAAAACAUCCCAUCCGACCCGAUGAACCUGGAUAAGGGCGAACCUUUCACCAAAAGUGGCCAUCUGCGUGAUAACUCGCCCUACAUGCAAUGA